AUGGAUAGCGGCGGAGAUCAAGUUUCCCAAUCGCAUUCGUGGACAUCCCCGGUUUUUCCAGCGUGUGUUCAAGAUCAUAUUAAAAAACAGGACUGCGGAAAGAGGAAGAUGUUUGGCAUUGAAUACUAUUUAGCUUGUUUGUCUGCUUUCAUUCUGAGGAACUUGCGGGAGCAGACAGCAAGGAGGUCGAAAAAAGGGUUGUAUGUAUCAGCUUGCAUUACAGUUGGUAUUCUUGUUAUCGUUAUCAUCGUAGUGAUAUGCUUACUAUGCUUCCCAAGUACUCCGCGGACAUCAGAAAAAGGUGAAAUAGCGGAUACGACAACAACACAAAAAGGCGAAGGAACGAAAGCGAUAGAGAAGAAAAAUGUUUAUGUCCUUCCACAAGAAUACCGUCUUCCAAAAACUCUUGUGCCUUCGUCAUAUGAGCUCGUUCUCACAGUAUAUUUGCCGUUCUACGUGGAUAUUCCGAUAAGGAAAAAUCUGACAAUUGAUGCAGAAGUGACAAUCAAUAUGACCGUACGCAAACCAACCAAUACCAUAGUCCUCAACCAAGCAGGAAUUUCCAUAAUAAAAGAAAAAUGCAGUGCAACUUCAAAUGGCAAAGCUGUCGAUAUAGAAGAGGUUGAUUUUGAUCACGCUCACGGAAAGGUUAGCUUUCAUCUGCGAGAUAGUCUACCGGUGGGACGGGAAGUCAUGCUAAAGACUCAAAACAGACCACAGUAUUUUGGUGAUGUUCCAGACAGCGUAAAAACUACUACACCUGUUUGA